AUGGUUAUUGUUCACUAAUUUUCUAAAUAUAAAUUUUUGAUAAAAUAUUAGGAUAAAUCAGAAAAGUUGAAUUACAAUAGUUAUUCAGUGAUUAAAAAUUAUAAAUAUUAACUAAAACAUCAAUAGCAUUUAUAAUAUAACAUAGUUUGUAUCAUUGAGUUAUGA